AUGGACGAGGAGGAGAAAUGGUCGAAUAGGGAUCGGUAUAAGAUUGCUAUGAAGGAAGCGAAGUUAGCUGUUACAACGGUUAAGACUGCUGCAUUUGAACGCUUAUAUGAAGAACUUGGAGGCAAAGGAGGGGAUAAGAAGUUGUACUGGCUAGCCAAGGUGCGAGAAAGGAAGGCCCGUGACCUGGACCAAAUGAAGUGCAUCAAGGACGAGGAUGUUUGGAUAUAUGCCGGCACAUUCGAAUAUGGAAGUUAUCAUCUUGUUAGGGGGUUGAUGGAGCAGUAUAAGGAGGAGAAGAGGGAUUUGCAUAUAGAGUUCAUCGACUUAGAGAAAGCUUAUGAUAAAGUGCCAAUGGAGGUUCUGAGGAGAUGUUUGGAGGCUAGAGGUGUUCCUGUUGCAUGCAUUAGGGCUAUUAAGGACAUGUAUGAGUGA